AUGACGGGUUCGAUUCUCAAGGACCCUAUUGAUGUUGCGGCGACAUUACGCUCGCUCACGGUCAACGAGAAGACCUCGCUGUUGGCGGGGCAAGACAACCAUACAACAGUGCCCAUAGAACGGCUAGGCAUCCCCUCAAUCACACUGUCAGACGGACCUCAUGGCGUAAGAGGAGCACGGUUUUUCAAUGCGCCGAGAGGCAUGAUGCUGCCUGCUGCCUCUGGUAUGGGAGCAACCUUUGACAAGGGUUUGAUGUUGACCGUUGGAAGGGCACUCGGACGUGAGGCAAAGGAAAGGAACGCCCAUGUGCUUCUCGCUCCAACAGUCUGCCUCCAACGGUCUCCGCUCAUCGGUCGAGGCUUUGAAGCAUUCGGGGAAGACCCAAUUCUCAGCGGAUUGCUCGCGUCGAAUUAUAUUAACGGCCUUCAAGAAAAUGGCGUUGCAGCCUCCAUCAAACACUUCGCAGCCCACGAUCAGUCUAAGUGGGCGCUGGAGGAUGCCAUUCGAGUCAGCGAGAGAACCUUGCGGGAACUGCAUCUACUUCCGUUUCAGAUUGCCAUCAAAGACUCGAACCCGUGGUCUGUCAUGGCAGCCUACCAUAAAAUCAAUGGAAUUCAUGCAAGUGAAGAUCCUUGGUUGCUAGAAGAAGUCCUUCGAAAAGAAUGGGGUUGGGAUGGCCUUGUUGUGAGCGAUUGGUAUGGUACUUAUAGUACCUCUGAAGCAAUCAAUGCGGGGAUGGAUCUUGAGAUGCCCGGUCCUUCUAGAUGGAGAGCUCGCCUUGCAACUUGGGCCAUCAAUUGCAGGAAGGUCCGUGAGGCUACGGUGGACCUUCGCGUUAGGAAUAUCUUAAACCUCAUCAACAAGGUUCGCCCAGCUCUGAACUAUCAGAAAGGCAGCGUCGAAGAAGGAGACACCGUCGACAAGCGUCAGCUAUGCCGCAAGGUUGCCGCAGACUCCAUCGUGCUUCUGAAGAACAAGAAGUCAGUCCUCCCUCUUGAUGUAACCGCUAACCACACCUACGGCCUCAUUGGACCAGCUGCACGCUACCCGACAGCCUGUGGAGGCGGUUCUGCUGAGCUUCGCCCUUACUACGUCAAAACACCCUACGAUUCUAUUGUAGAGGUGGUAGGCAAAGCCAACGUGAAAGAGGCAGUUGGUGCAUACGGUCACAUAUUUGCCCCAUUGUUGCAGCAGGAUAUUACAGUGCCCGGUACUCAAGAACCCGGGUACCUUCUUGAAUGGUACUCGAAAGAGCCCACAGCAGGAACCGACUCUCCGCUGUACACAGAAGUUGGAACACAGGGUCUCAUGAUGUUCGCACACAGUCUCCCCAGGUGUGUUGAGGGAGGCUCAUAUUGGCUUCGCAUCACAACGACAUAUAAGGCAACCAAAACUGCAACAAUGCAAUUUGGACUGGCCGUGCUCGGGCGAGGUCGAAUGUUUAUCGAUGGCAAGGAGGUCAUCGACUUGUUCACAUCUCAUCCUCCCAAGACUGCGCAAAGUCCCAUGUUCAAUCAGUGCAGUAUGGAGGUAGUCACUGAUUUCGACGUAACCGCUGGGUCUGAAUACCAGAUGACGGUCACUCUUGUCAACGGAGGUAUCGAGGCAAAGGCCGGUGCGGCCGCUGCCGGAGGCGCAAGAGUCAGCUGCUGCGAGAAGAUUGAUGCUGCCAAGGGCCUUCAAGAUGCAGUCGAGUUGGCCAAGAGCGUUGAUGUGCCCAUCGUAUUUGCUGGCCUCAAUCCGGACUGGGAGAGUGAGGCGAUUGACCGCUCUGAUUUAGAUCUACCCGAGUCAAUUAACAAUCUCAUUGAGGCUGUGAUUCAAGCUAACCCUCGAACAAUCAUUGUCAACCAAUCCGGUUGCCCUGUUGCCAUGCCAUGGGCAGACCAAGCGGACACGUUGCUGCAAGCUUGGUAUGGUGGACAGGAAACAGGCAACGGUGUUAUGGAUGUGCUCUUCGGCAAGGUCAACCCCAGCGGCCGUCUGUCAAUCACAUUCCCCAAACGUGUCGAAGAUACGCCCGCCUUCCUGAACUUUGGUAAGGGUAUCCGCGAGGUCAUGUAUGGCGAGGGCGUCUUCCUUGGCCAUCGCUACUACGAGAAGACCAAGACACCACCAUUGUUUUACUUCGGCCAUGGACUGUCAUACUCUACAUUCGAAUACAGCCACCUGCAAGUUCCCGAGACUUUCCGCUUCACAGAGCAUUCAAAGUCAUUUGACAUCUCCGUCACGGUGCAUAAUACUGGAAGCGUUGCUGGAGCGGAAGUUGUCCAAGUUUAUGUGCAGGAUCUGGAGUGUGCCAACGAUCGCCCCAUUCGUGAGCUUAAAGCAUUCGAUAAAGUCUGGAUCGAAGCGGGUAGCUCCGUCACUGCGAAGCUCUCCCUUGAUAAGUACGCACUUUCAUACUGGAACGAGGAGCAUUUGAAGUGGAUUGCCGAAAAGGGUGUAUUCAGAGUAAUCAUUGCACGAAGCUCCGACCCUAACGACGAGGUGGCGUCGAGUGUGUUGAACUUGGAAGAGGACUUUCUGUGGACUGGCGUAUAG